AUGUCAAGCCAGGGGGAGCCCCAGGGGCCCACUUCAGUCCCUGCACUCCUGUCUCUGUCUCUCAUUCAGCUCCAGCACCAGGGCAGCCCCUUCAGUGACCCUGGCUUCUCAGCCCCCGAGCUUCAGCUCAGCAGCCUGCCUCCUGCUGCCGUCUCCUUCAAGACCUGGCAUGCCCUGGAUGACGGGGAGCGGCUGAGCCAUGCCCAGGGGGCCUUCCUGGCCUUGACCCAGCACCUCCAGCUCGUGGGGGACGACCAGCGAGAUCUUAACCCUGGCAGUCCCAUCCUGCUGUCUCAGCUAGGGGCUGCAAGACUCAGGGCCCAAGGCCUGCUGGGCAACAUGGCUGCCAUCAUGACCGCCCUGGGCCUGCCCAUCCCCCCUGAAGAGGACACUCUCGGGGUUGUCCCCUUCGGGGCCUCAGCCUUUGAGAGGAAAUGUCGAGGCUAUGUAGUGACCCGGGAAUAUGGCCACUGGACAGACCGAGCUGUGAGGGACUUGGCUCUGCUCAAGGCCAAGUACCCUGGAUAG